AUGUUGAGCGCUGCUGAAGGGUCACCAGCAUGGCCUACCGAGACCCUGAACCAGAAGAAAUUCUGGACGUCGUCGGCGUCGACGUCCCACCAGAACGACCAGCCCUCCCUCCAUGCCGACCUGCCGGCCAGCGAGACCGCCUCUUUUGCUUGCGCAGGCAGAGGCAACGCCCACCUCGCCGCGUCGAAGCCGCUCGGCGAGCUCGCUCCCGACGGGCAGCGCACGGAGGCCUCCGAUGGCCUGCCCGAGGCCCCGCCGCCGCGGGAGCUGCUCUCUGUCGGCUCGGUGAGGUGCCGCCAGGGCGGCCGGUGCCACCCGUGCGACUUCUUCUGGAAGCGGAGCGGCAGCCGGUGCGUGAACGGGCAGGAGCUGCGCGUACUGCCACGACCACCAGCCCACCAGCUGUACCCCGAACCGCCGCCAGAGGAAGGCGGGGAAGCGCCGCGUUGA